AUGGCCCGCUACGAGUCCCUUCAUGGGAAUCAUGAUGAUGAGGAGGAGGAUCAUGUAACACACAAUGAGGUUGGAGACCAUGAUGAGGAUGACGAGCAGCGGCAUACUGAAAGUUCGAGAAGUUCAAAAUCGUCCUAUACGGCAGUCGAGCAAGACGAUGAAGAAGGCAAUGCCGCCAGUAGGGCUGUCUACGCCGCACUCUACGGGGGAGGAGGAGGAAGUCCACCUUCGGGAGGCCCAGUCCAUGUCAGCGGCGAUCGGCAGACCGGGACCGGAGACGAUCAUCACCACCAACUCAACACUCCUCCUCCGGUCCUUCAACACCCCGGGCCUUUUGAUGCACCACUCAUCCCCCCGAAAAGCCCAGCCAGAAGCACCAACAAGAACCCGUUCUUAUCUAACGUCAACGUCACCAAUAACAUCACCGCCACCACCACAUCGACGCCAGCGAGCAAUCAGCAGGCCACCGACCACCAAACCCAUGGCUCAGGGUCCUCCCGCAACGCAUCUGGAGAGCCAGGAACAACAAGCCGCUCAGCCUCCCGCGACAGCACCAACUACGUGAACCAGUACUCCCGCUCAUGGAAGCCCAGCUACGGGCUACCACACUCACGAGACCAUCAUCAUCAUCAUCAUCAUCCAGGGCACUCGCCAUUCUCGCCACUGCCAGAAACCGCAGAAGUGGAAGGGGACUAUCACCACCACCACCAUCACGGCCACCACAGGGAUGACCAUCAUGACUACCAUGAUCAUGACCACGACAGUAGUGAUGAUCCUCAUGAUUUGGAUCAAGAUGAUUACAUCAUGUACGAGAAGGAGACAGGAGGAGGCAUGGCGACGACACCGCGUAGCACUACUGGUAGAGGGGGCCCUGGGACGGGAAGCUUCAAGGAAAAAGGCGGCAGGGGCGGUGGCAAGGGCGGGAUGAGGAAACUAAUGCUGGUGGAGAGGACCGACACGAAACGGGGGAGGGGAGGAGGAAGGGGAAGACGAGGAACGGAGAUGAGUGAAGUAUCGAUUGAUGCGACGGAUUCAAUAUCAGUCAGAGGGCUGCCGACUCAUGGCAGCGGCGGCGGCGGCGGCGGCAGCGGGUCUCCUAGUGCUCUUACUCCUGGUGUUGUCGGUGGUGGGAUGAACAGGAGCGAGCAACAUUUGUCGUACUUCCACUUUGACUCGACGGAGACGUUGGUGCAGAUCAUCGGCCUAGUCCUAAGCAUCUACGACCACAAACCUCCACCAUCCACCUGGCCAGGCGGUCUCAACCUCAACGUCUUCCUCUCCUUCAUGACCACCCUCGCCACAGCCUGCUACAUGAUCCCCGUCAUCGAAGGCCUCGGCCAGCUACGUUGGCUCCGUUAUACCGGCGGACGACAGACCGUUUCCCGCCCCGCAAGCGACUUUGAAGCCAUCGAUCAGGCAUCACGGGGACUUCACCACUGCUGGAGACUACUUGGUUUUCAAGGAGGCCCCCUAGGCAUCCUCGCAUCCCUCAUCACCUUCCUAACCCUCUUCACCCCCUCCCUCACCCAACUCCUCAUCACUUACCUGCCCCCCCAACCCCACCGCAACAACCCCGGCGAACCCUUCGACAGCAACCGCUCCGCCGUGACGCUCGUCCGCAUCAACUGGUCCUGGCUCGCCUUUCUACUCGUGCAAGUUCUCUUAUCUGCCAUUUUCCUCACCACCAUCAUCGUCAAGACGCGCAUGGAAGGGAUCCAGAUCUUCAAGACUUCUGCGCUACCGGGCAUGACGGCUUUGGAUGGGCAGGCGAGGAGUAGCUUGGGCGGCGCCAUGAUGGGACAAGGGGGCAUCAUGACGAGCGCAGCGUUGGGGGAACGGGCGAAGAAGACCAUCCUGAAACUGGAGAGGAGUAGUGGUGCGACGGGCGGAGGGGGGAAUUAUGGGUUGGUACAAGGGUUUGUGGUUGAUUCAAGUGCGGGCUCGAACUCAGGCUCCCAUGGAUCUGGGUCCGGGUCUGGGUCUGGAUCUGCGGGGAUGGGGUUGCGUGUGCCAAAGGGACUGGGACUGGGAUUAGGACUGGAACGGUUCCGUCAUCAUGAUCAUCAGGUGCUGCCUUCGUAUGAUAAAGAGGGAGGCGGAGAGGGAUGCGGGGGACAUCAAGCGUUUGGCAAUGGCCCGGCCGAGAACUUGAGCUUCCCUGCUGCUGCCGCUGCGGCCGCUGGGUUUACGCCGCUGCCUAUGCCAAUGUCCAAGGCGAAGCCAAUGCCGAUAUCGACAACGGUGCCUGCUUCAACGGCACUGUCUGGGAGGAGAAAGAUGAGGUUUAGCUUAUUCGGAGGAGCAGGGAGGGAGAAGCUGAAAGUGAGGGGCUCACCUGUUCAUGCCAGUAAUGGCGGCGGGCAAUUUUGAGCAAUGGGGCUUGGUUAUCAAAAGCAAGGGAAAGAAAUUGUGAUUAAGCUGCCUGGCUGGUUUGAGACUAAUGGAUAAAAAUGAGACAAGGUACUAAUGACUGCUGAUACCGUACCCAAGAUAAUCAUCGCUGUGAUAACUCUCCUUCAUUCCCGAGUUUCCGUUGCAUGUUUUUCUUCGGAUUCGCCAACAUCCAUGGCUAUCUCUCCAUUGCUUUCAUAUCUUUCGCGAUCCUCGCUGGCGCACCUCACACCCCAAUCACGACGGCUCAACGCUUUUCGUUAUCCCCAACAACAGGUGUGAAUAACAUCGAAGAUACAGGCAGACCUUU